UUUAAGGCCACUGCCCGCCCCGUCCUGCCUGCCUGUGCUGUGCCUGCCUCCUGGAGCUCAUUCCCUACGCCACCAGCUGCCCUGACUCUGUCCUGGACAGCGUGCCCACCAGCCAUGGCGGGGCCCCAGGGCCUCCUCCCGCUCUGCCUCCUGGCCUUCUGCCUGGCAGUCUUCAUCAGGGGGCAGGUGCUGUUCAAAGGCUGUGAUGUGAAAACCACGUUUGUCACUCAUGUACCCUGCACCUCGUGCGCAGCCAUCAAGAAGCAGACGUGUCCCUCAGGCUGGCUUCGGGAGCUCCCAGAUCAGAUAACCCAGGACUGCCGCUACGAAGUACAGCUGGGGGGCUCUAUGGUGUCCAUGAGCGGCUGCAGACGGAAAUGCCGGAAGCAAGUGGUGCAGAAGGCCUGCUGCCCUGGCUACUGGGGUUCCCGGUGCUAUGAAUGCCCUGGGGGCGCUGAGACCCCAUGCAAUGGCCACGGGACCUGCUUGGAUGGCAUGGACAGGAAUGGGACCUGCGUGUGCCAGGAAAACUUCCGCGGCUCAGCCUGCCAGGAGUGCCAAGACCCCAACCGGUUUGGGCCUGACUGCCAAUCGGUGUGCAGCUGUGUGCACGGCGUGUGCAACCGUGGGCCACGUGGGGAUGGAAGCUGCCUGUGCUUUGCUGGAUACACUGGCCCUCACUGUGAUCAAGAGCUGCCCAUCUGCCAGGAGCUGCGCUGUCCCCAAAACACCCAGUGCUCCGCAGAGGCCCCCAGCUGCAAGUGCCUGCCCGGCUACACGCAGCAGGGCAGUGAAUGCCGAGCCCCCAACCCCUGCUGGCCGUCACCCUGUUCACCGCUGGCCCUGUGCUCGGUGAGCCCCAAGGGGCAGGCUCAGUGUCACUGCUCCGACAACUACCAUGGCGAUGGGAUAGUGUGUCUGCCCAAGGACCCAUGCACUGACAACCUUGGUGGCUGCCCCAGCAACUCUACCUUGUGUGUGUACCAGAAGCCAGGCCAGGCCUUCUGCACCUGCCGGCCAGGCCUGGUCAGCAUCAACAGCAAUGCCUCUGCGGGCUGCUUCGCCUUCUGCUCCCCCUUCUCCUGUGACCGGUCUGCCACCUGCCAGGUGACCGCUGAUGGGAAGACCAGCUGUGUGUGCAGGGAGAGUGAGGUGGGGGAUGGGCGUGCCUGCUACGGACACCUGCUCCACGAGGUGCAGAAGGCUACUCAGACCGGCCGGGUGUUCCUGCAGCUGAGGGUCGCUGUGGCCAUGAUGGACCAAGGCUGCCGGGAGAUCCUCACCACAGCAGGCCCGUUCACCGUGCUGGUGCCAUCCAUCUCCUCCUUCUCCUCCAGGACCAUGAACGCAUCCCUUGCCCAGCAGCUCUGCAGACAGCACAUCAUCGCAGGGCAGCACAUCCUGGAGGACACAAGGACCCAACAAACACGAAAGUGGUGGACGCUGGCCGGGCAGGAGAUAACCGUCACCUUCAACCAAUUCACGAAAUACUCCUACAAGUACAAAGACCAGCCCCAGCAGACGUUCAACAUCUACAAGGCCAACAACAUAGCAGCCAAUGGCGUCUUCCACGUGGUCACUGGCCUGCGGUGGCAGCCCCCCUCUGGGACCCCAGGGGAUCCCAAGAGAACUAUUGGUCAGAUCCUCGCCGCUACCGAGGCCUUCAGCCGCUUUGAAACCAUCCUGGAGAACUGUGGGCUGCCCUCCAUCCUGGACGGACCUGGGCCCUUCACAGUCUUUGCCCCAAGCAAUGAGGCUGUGGACAGCUUGCGUGACGGCCGUCUGAUCUACCUCUUCACAGCGGGUCUCUCUAAACUGCAGGAGUUGGUGCGGUACCAUAUCUACAACCAUGGCCAGCUGACUGUUGAGAAGCUCAUCUCCAAAGGUCGGAUCCUCACCAUGGCGAACCAGGUCCUGGCUGUGAACAUCUCUGAGGAGGGGCGCAUCCUGCUGGGACCUGAGGGAGUCCCACUGCAGAGGGUAGACGUGCUGGCUGCCAAUGGCGUGAUCCACAUGCUGGACGGCAUCCUGCUGCCCCCGACCAUCCUGCCCAUCCUGCCCAAGCACUGCAGCGAGGAGCAGCACAAGAUCGUGGCGGGCUCCUGUGUGGACUGCCAAGCCCUGAACACCAGCACGUGUCCCCACAACAGUGUGAAACUGGACAUCUUCCCCAAGGAGUGUGUCUACAUCCACGACCCAACUGGGCUCAAUGUGCUAAAGAAGGGCUGUGCCAGUUACUGCAACCAAACCGUCACGGAACAAGGCUGCUGCAAAGGUUUUUUCGGGCCUGACUGCACACAGUGUCCUGGGGGCUUCUCCAACCCCUGCUAUGGCAAAGGCAAUUGCAGUGAUGGGAUCCAGGGCAACGGGGCCUGCCUCUGCUUCCCAGACUACAAGGGCAUCGCCUGCCACAUCUGCUCCAACCCAAACAAGCAUGGAGAUCAGUGCCAGGAAGACUGCGGCUGUGUCCACGGUCUCUGCGACAACCGCCCAGGCAGUGGGGGGGUGUGCCAGCAGGGCACGUGUGCCCCCGGCUUCAGCGGCCGGUUCUGCAACGAGUCCAUGGGGGACUGUGGGCCCACAGGGCUGGCCCAGCACUGCCACCUGCAUGCCCGCUGUGUUAGCCAGGAGGGUGUUGCCAGAUGUCGCUGUCUUGAUGGCUUUGAGGGUGAUGGCUUCUCCUGCACACCCAGCAACCCCUGCUCCCACCCGGACCGUGGCGGCUGCUCAGAGAAUGCUGAGUGUGUUCCUGGGUCCCUGGGCACCCACCACUGCACAUGCCACAAAGGCUGGAGUGGGGAUGGCCGCGUCUGUGUGGCUAUUGAUGAGUGUGAACUGGACGUGAGAGGUGGCUGCCACGCCGAUGCCCUCUGCAGCUACGUGGGCCCCGGGCAGAGCCGAUGCACCUGCAAGCUGGGCUUUGCCGGGGACGGCUACCAGUGCAGCCCCAUCGACCCCUGCCGGGCAGGCAAUGGUGGCUGCCAUGGCCUGGCCACCUGCCGGGCAGUGGGGGGAGGUCAGCGGGUCUGCACGUGCCCCCCUGGCUUUGGGGGUGAUGGCUUCAGCUGUUAUGGAGACAUCUUCCGGGAGCUGGAGGCAAAUGCCCACUUCUCCAUCUUCUACCAGUGGUUUAAGAGUGCUGGCAUCACGCUUCCUGCCGAUGGCCGAGUCACAGCCCUGGUGCCCUCCGAGGCUGCCAUCCGUCAGCUGAACCCUGAGGAGCGAGCUUUCUGGUUGCAGCCAAGGAUGCUGCCAAGCCUGGUCAGGGCCCAUUUUCUCCAGAGUGCACUCUUCGAGGAGGAGCUUGCCCGGCUGGGUGGGCAGGAAGUGGCCACCCUGAACCCCACCACACGCUGGGAGAUUCGCAACAUUAGUGGGAGGGUCUGGGUGCAGAAUGCCAGCGUGGACGUGGCUGACCUCCUUGCCACCAACGGUGUCCUACACAUCCUCAGCCAGGUCUUACUACCCUCCCGAGGGGAUGUGCCCGGUGGGCAGGGGUUGCUGCAGCAGCUGGACUUGGUGCCUGCCUUCAGCCUCUUCCGGGAGUUGCUGCAGCGCCAUAGGUUGGUGUCCCAGAUUGAGGCCGCCACUGCCUACACCAUCUUUGUGCCCACCAACCGCUCCCUGGAGGCUCAGGGCAACAGCAGCCACCUGGACGCAGACACGGUGCGGCACCAUGUGGUCCUGGGGGAGGCCCUCUCCAUGGAAACCUUGCGGAAGGGUGGACACCGAAACUCCCUCCUGGGCCCUGCCCACUGGAUCGUCUUCUACAACCACAGUGGCCAGCCUGAGGUGAACCAUGUGCCACUGGAAGGUCCCAUGCUGGAGGCCCCUGGCCGCUCGCUGAUUGGUCUGUCAGGGGUCCUGACGGUGGGCUCAAGUCGCUGCCUGCACAGCCACGCUGAGGCGCUGAGGGAGAAAUGUGUAAACUGCACCAGGAAAUUCCGCUGCACUCAGGGCUUCCAGCUGCAGGACACACCCAGGAAGAGCUGUGUCUACCGAUCUGGCUUCUCCUUCUCCCGGGGCUGCUCUUACACAUGUGCCAAGAAGAUCCAGGUGCCGGACUGCUGUCCUGGUUUCUUUGGCACGCUGUGUGAGCCAUGCCCAGGAGGCCUGGGGGGGGUGUGCUCGGGCCAUGGGCAGUGCCAGGACAGGUUCCUGGGCAGCGGGGAGUGCCACUGCCAUGAGGGCUUCCAUGGAACGGCCUGUGAAAUGUGUGAGCUGGGCCGCUACGGGCCCAACUGCACCGGAGUGUGUGACUGUGCCCAUGGGCUGUGCCAGGAGGGGCUGCAAGGGGACGGAAGCUGUGUCUGUAACGUGGGCUGGCAGGGCCUCCGCUGUGACCAGAAAAUCACCAGUCCUCAGUGCCCUAGGAAGUGCGACCCCAACGCCAACUGCGUGCAGGACUCGGCCGGAGCCUCCACCUGCGCCUGUGCUGCGGGAUACUCCGGCAAUGGCGUCUUCUGUUCAGAGGUGGACCCCUGUGCCCAUGGCCAUGGAGGCUGCUCCCCUCAUGCCAACUGUACCAAGGUGGCACCUGGGCAGCGGACAUGCACCUGCCAGGAUGGCUACAUGGGCGACGGGGAGCUGUGCCAGGAAAUUAACAGCUGUCUCAUUCACCACGGGGGCUGCCACAUUCAUGCUGAGUGCAUCCCCACUGGCCCCCAGCAGGUCUCCUGCAGCUGCCGCGAGGGUUACCGUGGGGAUGGCAUCCGGACCUGCGAGCUCCUGGACCCCUGCUCUAAGAACAAUGGAGGUUGCAGCCCAUAUGCCACCUGCAAAAGCACAGGGGAUGGCCAGAGGACAUGUACCUGUGACACAGCCAACACCGUGGGGGACGGCCUCACCUGCCGUGCCCGAGUCGGCCUGGAGCUCCUGAGGGAUAAGCAUGCCUCAUUCUUCAGCCUCCGCCUCCUGGAAUACAAGGAGCUCAAGGGCGAUGGGCCUUUCACCAUCUUUGUGCCGCACGCAGAUCUAAUGAGCAACCUGUCGCAGGAUGAGCUGGCCCGGAUUCGCGCUCAUCGCCAGCUGGUGUUUCGCUACCACGUGGUUGGCUGCCGGCGGCUGCGGAGCGAGGACCUGCUGGAGCAGGGGUACGCCACAGCGCUCUCGGGGCACCCACUGCGCUUCAGCGAGAGGGAGGGCAGCAUAUACCUCAAUGACUUCGCGCGUGUAGUGAGCAGCGACCAUGAGGCCGUUAAUGGCAUCCUGCACUUCAUUGACCGUGUCCUGCUGCCCCCCGACGCGCUGCAUUGGGAGCCGGAUGAUGAACCCAUCCCAAGGAGAAAUGUCACUGCUGCUGCCCAGGGCUUCGGUUACAAGAUCUUCAGCGGCCUCCUGAAGGUGGCCAGCCUCCUGCCCCUGCUUCGAGAGGCAUCCCAUAGGCCCUUCACAAUGCUGUGGCCCACAGACGCCGCCUUUCGAGCCCUGCCUCCGGAUCGCCAGGCCUGGCUGUACCAUGAGGACCACCGUGACAAGCUAGCAGCCAUUCUGCGGGGCCACAUGAUCCGCAAUGUCGAGGCCUUGGCAUCUGACCUGCCCAACCUGGGCCCACUUCGAACCAUGCAUGGGACCCCCAUCUCUUUCUCCUGCAGUCGAACGCGGCCCGGUGAGCUCAUGGUGGGUGAGGAUGAUGCCCGCAUUGUGCAGCGGCACUUGCCCUUUGAGGGUGGCCUGGCCUACGGCAUCGACCAGCUGCUGGAGCCACCUGGCCUUGGUGCUCGCUGUGACCACUUUGAGACCCGGCCCCUGCGACUGAACACUUGCAGCAUCUGUGGGCUGGAGCCACCCUGUCCUGAGGGGUCACAGGAGCAGGGCAGCCCUGAGGCCUGCUGGCGCUUGUACCCGAAGUUCUGGACGUCCCCUCCGCUGCGCUCUUUGGGAUUACACAGCGUCUGGGUCCAGCACAGCCUUUGGGCUAGGCCCCAAGGCCUGGGCAGGGGCUGCCACCGCAAUUGUGUCACCACCACCUGGAAACCCAGCUGCUGCCCUGGUCACUAUGGCAGUGAGUGCCAAGCUUGCCCUGGCGGCCCCAGCAGCCCUUGUAGUGACCGUGGCAUGUGCAUGGACGGCAUGAGUGGCAGUGGGCAGUGUCUGUGCCGUUCAGGUUUUGCUGGGACAGCCUGUGAACUCUGUGCACCGGGUGCCUUUGGGCCCCAUUGUCAAGCCUGCCGCUGCACUGUGCAUGGCCGUUGUGAUGAGGGUCUUGGGGGCUCUGGCUCCUGCUUCUGUGAUGAAGGCUGGACUGGGUCACACUGUGAGGUGCAACUGGAGCUGCAGCCUGUGUGUACCCCACCCUGUGCACCCAAGGCUGUGUGCCGUGCAGGCAACAGCUGCGAGUGCAGCCUGGGCUACGAAGGGGAUGGCCGCGUGUGUACAGUGGCAGACCUGUGCCAGGACGGGCAUGGUGGCUGCAGUGAGCACGCCAACUGCAGCCAGGUAGGAACAGCGGUCACUUGUACCUGCCUGCCCGACUAUGAGGGUGAUGGCUGGAGCUGCCGGGCCCGCAACCCCUGCACAGAUGGCCACCGCGGGGGCUGCAGCGAGCAUGCUGACUGCUUGAGCACCGGCCUGAACACACGGCGCUGUGAGUGCCACGCAGGCUACGUAGGCGAUGGACUGCAGUGUCUGGAGGAGUUGGAACCGCCUGUGGACCGCUGCCUGGGCCGGCCACCCCCCUGCCACUCAGAUGCCGUGUGCACUGAUCUGCAUUUCCAGGAGAAACGGGCUGGUGUCUUCCACCUCCAGGCCACCAGCGGCCCUUAUGGUCUGAACUUUUCAGAGGCUGAGGCGGCAUGCAAAGCCCAGGGAGCCAUCCUUGCUUCAUUCCCUCAGCUCUCUGCUGCCCAGCAGCUGGGCUUCCACCUGUGCCUCAUGGGCUGGCUGGCCAACGGCUCUGCUGCCCACCCUGUGGUUUUCCCUGUGGCGGACUGUGGCAAUGGUCGGGUGGGCAUAGUCAGCCUGGGUGCCCGCAAGAACCUCUCGGAGCGCUGGGAUGCCUACUGCUUCCGCGUGCAAGAUGUGGCCUGCCGAUGCCGAGAUGGCUUCGUGGGUGAUGGGAUCAGCACAUGCAAUGGGAAGCUGUUGGAUGUGCUGGCUGCCACUGCCAACUUCUCCACCUUCUAUGGGAUGCUACUGGGCUAUGCCAAUGCCACCCAGCGGGGUCUCGACUUCCUGGACUUCCUGGAUGAUGAACUCACGUAUAAGACACUCUUUGUCCCUGUCAAUGAAGGCUUUGUGGACAACAUGACGCUGAGUGGCCCAGACUUGGAGCUGCACGCCUCCAACGCCACCCUCCUAAGUGCCAACGCCAGCCAGGGGAAGUUGCUUCCAGCCCACUCAGGCCUCAGCCUCAUCAUCAGUGAUGCAGGCCCUGACAACAGUUCCUGGGCCCCUGUGGUGAGUCUGGCAGCUGUCCCACCCUGUUGGCCCUGGCCCUUGCUCACCAUGGGCUUGACUCUGAUCUCCCUGCAGGCCCCGGGGACAGUUGUGGUUAGCCAUGUCAUCGUGUGGGACAUCAUGGCCUUCAAUGGCAUCAUCCAUGCUCUGGCCAGCCCCCUCCUGGCACCCCCACAGCCUCAGGCAGUGCUGGCGCCCAAAGCCCCACCUGUGGCGGCAGGCGUGGGGGCUGUGCUUGCUGCUGGAGCACUGCUUGGCUUGGUGGCUGGAGCUCUCUACCUCCGUGCCCAAGGCAAGCCCACGGGCUUUGGCUUCUCUGCCUUCCAGGCGGAAGAGGAUGCUGCUGAUGACUUCUCACCGUGGCAAGAAGGGACCAACCCCACCCUGGUCUCUGUCCCCAACCCUGUCUUUGGCAGUGACACCUUUUGUGAACCUUUCCAUGACUCACUCCUGGAGGAGGACUUCCCUGACACCCAGAGGAUCCUCACAGUCAAGUGAUGAGACUGGGGCUGAAAGCAGAGGCACGUGUAGGGAGAAGACCACUUUUAUUGCUUGUCUGGGUGGACGCCCAGGGUGGACAGGGUGGGAGGGGCUGGGGGCCUGUCCCGGACAAUAAAGGCACCCUCAGCGGAUGUGGGCCAUGUCGCCAAGGAA